GAUCUCCAGGGGGUUUAUAGCAGCUUGGUGCCCGGCAGCUGUCACUCUCCCACGCUGGCAUCACGGGCUUUCCAUCUCUUUCAGGACCAGAACAGCAGCAGGGUGCUCGGUGAAAAGGUGAUUGGCAUCACCGUGGGGAACACCCCCGUAUCAGGCCUCCCACAGGACGUGGUCCUCAAAUUCUUUCAUGUCCAGCUGCCGAGGAACGUGACUCCACAGUGCGUGUUCUGGGACGUGGACUCCAGCCAUGGCCGCGGCAGCUGGAAAAGUGAUGGCUGUGAAACAGAGACGGGUAAUAACCAGACAGUCUGUCGUUGCAACCACCUCACCUAUUUUGCUGUGCUGAUGAUGUCCUCUCCAGAGAUAGAUCACAUCCACAAGGAGUACCUGACAAUUAUCACCUACAUUGGCUGCAUUAUCUCAGCUGUGGCUUCCCUCUUCACCAUCAUCUUCUUCCUCUGCUGCUCCAGGAGGAAGCACAGAGACGGCACCGUAAACAUCUACAUUCACAUGAACCUGCUGGGGGCCAUCUUCCUGCUGGACGUGAGCUUCCUCAUCACUGAGCACUUGGCCUCCAUCGGCAGCGAGGCAGCCUGCAAAGCCAGCGGCAUGUUCCUGCACCUCUCUCUGCUGUGCUGCCUGACCUGGAUGGGCAUUGAGGGCUACAAUCUCUACAGGCUGGUGGUGAAGGUCUUCAACACCUACGUGGAGCACUUCAUUCUCAAGCUCUGCCUGGUGGGCUGGGGGCUUCCCAUCUUUAUCGUGGGUGUGAUCUUCCUGGCGAAUCAGAGAAAUUAUGGACCAUUCCACAUUGAAGUAGUUGAAUCCCUUGAGAAAUCCACCAAUGCAACCAUAUGCUGGAUCACAGCCCCCCUGAUCCAUAACAUAGUCAACCGGGGCUUCUUCAGCCUGGUGUUCCUCUUCAACACGGCCAUGCUGGGAGCCAUGGUGCGGGAGAUCCUCAGGCAGAGAAACAGAGGCCACGAGCUUAAGCACGCCCUGGUUCUCCUGGGCCUGAGCCUCGUGCUGGGCAUCCCCUGGGCACUGGCAUUCUUCUCCUUUUCCUCGGGAUCGUUCCGGCUCGUCGUCAUCUACCUCUUCACCAUCAUCAACACUUUGCAAGGCUUCCUCAUCUUCCUCUGGUACUGGACAAUGGUGCUGCAGGUCAGAAAGUCGAAGUCCUACCCCUCACUGAACAACUCCGACAGCGCCAGGUUGCCGAUCAGCACCAGCCGCACGAGCGCAGACUGAAUCACCCGCUUUCUCUAGUCACAGCUGGGACUGUCUCUGCCCCGUGAGUCAAGAACCAGGGAUCGCACUCCCGGAGGGGAGGUGGAGGCAUAACGUUUGUCUGAUGCUCCUGCUUUGCUACACGCGGCCACGUAUAAUCACAAGGAAUGUAGAGAAAUUCACACACUCCCAGACACUCUGAACUGCCAGCAUAGAGUCUGUUAUACGCUAAGAGCACGGCAGCAGCUCGGUUUCUCUCUGCACAUUCCCUUCUGGAUCUCUCCGGUCCAGCCCUGCCUGGUUCCCAUUGCAUUAAACACCAUUCUUGUAUCACACGCACACACCUGGGCUCCCAGGUAGAUCACCACUUCAGUAUAAAGUCACUGGAAAAGA